AUGCCCUCAGACCAUCAUCCUCUUGGACGAUGCAAUGUUCAGCCUACAGAAUCGGCAAUGCUGAUUUUCUGUGUCAGCGAGAUCGACACGGCCUAUUACAUUCUAACAGUAGAUCUUUGGUCUGAAGAUGGUAGAACAGAAGCGAAUCUUGUCAGACACUCAUCAACAUCACCAUCCAUCUCCGCUGCGACCGCAACAUCUUACCCACCGGAACCCUCAGCUAUAAGUUAUGCCCACAAUGUUCCAGUCCUGGGUACGCAUUUCUACCCAGGCUACGAAGCAGCACAGCCCAAUUAUACCGGCGUGCCGUAUCCCAUACCUCGCCAAAACGAGCUCGCGCAUCAUAUGCACCAAGCACAGAAAGCCACUCGCGAGGAAGCCAUACGUAUACAACAGGAGCAGCAAACCCUUCAGAAUCAAGGUCACCAUCACUCCAUGCCCAAAACAGGGCAAUCUCAGCAAAUGCAUUCAUCGACGCAGGGAUAUCUACCUAACCAGGGGGGAACGACUGCUACGACUAAUGGAAUGGCAUACCCAACGCAGUCUACCAUGUCUUAUCACCCCCAAGGCCCAAUGCUCUCUCCCAAUCCCAUGAUCAUGAACGUGGUCGAUCCUCGCUCCCAUCCAGGGGGCAUGUUCACACGAAAUCUGAUCGGCAACUUAGCCGUUGGCGCCUUCAAAUUGACCUACCCAGAAAAUGAUCUUGGCGUAUGGUUCAUCCUCCAAGAUCUGAGCGUACGAACGGAAGGCACAUUCCGCCUCAAGCUCAACUUCGUCGAUGUAGGUACCUCCGCCUCGGCUGCUAUGGACCCGCCGACACCUAGGGCUCAGACUCAGAGCCUCCAGACUGGGAAGCUCAACACAGCCGCGGCGCCUGUGCUAGCCAGCUGUUACAGUAACCAUUUUCAGGUCUUUUCGGCGAAGAAAUUUCCCGGUGUUGUGGACUCAACCGAUUUAAGCAAGGCGUUCGCGAAGCAGGGGAUCAAGAUUCCUAUCAGGAAGGAUGGAGGUGGGGCCAGGGGCAAUGAGAGGAGAGAAUGGGAUGAUGGUGAUUGA